CGCCCCCCGCCCCCCCCCGCGCCGUGCGGGCCCCUCUUCCUGCUUCCGGUGCCGGGGCUAUAAGAGCCGCUUCCGCCGUUAAUCGGCGCUUUCCGUUCUGGGAGCUCGCGCCGCUCGGUGCCAUGAACGCCCGCGGGCUGAGCACGGAGAAGGCGGCCGCCUUCAGCCGGCGUCUGCGGGCCGAGCCCCAGUUCCUGCUGGCCCAGAAUGUGGCGACCUGCAACGACCCGCUGGAGGUGUGCUUGCAGCGGCAGGUGGUGCAGGACACCGUGCAGGUCUUCCAGCAUGCCGUGCCCGCCGAGGGCAAGCCCGUCACCAACCAGAAGAACUCCGGGAGAUGUUGGAUCUUUUCGUGUCUCAACGCAAUGCGUCUUCCUUUCAUGAAGAAAUACAACAUCGAAGAGUUUGAAUUCAGCCAGUCGUAUCUCUUUUUCUGGGAUAAGGUUGAACGUUGUUACUACUUUUUAAAUGCUUUUGUGGAAACAGCUCAGAAAAAGGAGCCUGUGGAAGGAAGACUGAUACAGUUCCUGCUCUCCAACCCCACGAAUGAUGGUGGACAGUGGGAUAUGUUGGUUAACAUUAUUGAAAAGUAUGGUGUUGUCCCCAAGAAAUACUUCCCAGAGUCUCAUACCACAGAGGCUACUAGAAGGAUGAAUGAGAUCUUGAAUCAUAAGAUGAGAGAAUACUGUUUGCGGCUAAGAAAUAUGGUGGAAAGUGGAACAAAUAAAGGAGAACUUUGUGCUGCAAUGGACAUGAUGAUAGAAGAGGUAUUCAGAAUAGUGAGUACUUGCCUGGGCAGCCCUCCAGAGACCUUCUGCUGGGAGUUCCGGGAUAAGGAGAAGAACUACCACAAAUAUGGCCCUGUGACACCAGUCCAGUUCUACAACGAGCAUGUGAAGCCUUACUUCAACAUGGAGGACAAGAUUUGUCUAGUGAACGAUCCUCGACCUCAGAACCCGUACAACAGGCUGUACACGGUGGAGUACCUGGGCAACAUGGUAGGAGGGAGGAAAACGCUCUAUAACAACCAGCCUGUUGAAGUCUUGAAAAAAUUAGCUGCAGCGUCUAUUAAGGAUGGCGAGGCUGUGUGGUUUGGCUGCGAUGUUGCAAAGCACUUCUAUGGCAAGCUGGGAAUCAAUGACAUGAAUAUAUUUAAUCACGAGCUGGUGUUUGGUGUCUCAGUCAAGAACAUGAACAAAGCAGAACGAUUAAUCUUUGGAGAGUCAAUGAUGACCCAUGCCAUGGUCCUGACGGCUGUCACCGAGAAGGAUGGGCAAGAAGAGGCAUUUGAAAAAUGGAGAGUGGAGAACUCCUGGGGCGAAGACCGUGGUAAUAAAGGUUACCUGAUCAUGACUGACGACUGGUUUUCUGAGUACGUGUACGAAGUUGUGGUGGAUAAGAAGCACGUACCAGAAGACGUCUUGGCAGUGAUGCAGCAGGAACCAAUUGUUUUGCCAGCUUGGGACCCUAUGGGGGCUCUAGCCAAGUGAACUACAGAAUAUUUGCCUCUUAACGGUCAACCAGAAGUAGAUGCAAUAGAGAAUUCCAGUGGUCGGAAGCCAUAGCCAAAUGAUAAUGUGACCAAGCACUCAGCAUGGUCCGUAUUCUUGAGAUGUAAGUUAAGGAUCUUUGGGAAAUAGCGCUUUACUGACUUGACUGAAUAAAGCUCUCAGACAGGCUACUCCGCAAAACUAAAAAAGGAGGGGGGGGGUGGGACUCAUAAUGAAAACGUAUUGCAAAUGCUGUCAAUGGCAUUUUGAUUUUACCUUAAAUUUUUAAUAAAAAUCUGCAUAGCAACUUAGAAUUACCUUGAUUAGUGUUUUCCCUAGAAAAGAUGUCCAUAAAAGGCCUUUAGAAUUAACAGCUAGGUGAUUGUUAGAACAAAUACAUCAAGAUACUUAUAAAUUAACCAUCCAUGGUCUGACUUGUACCAUAAAAGAAUGCCCAAAAUAUUUUAUAUAUUUACAUUUUUAGUUUUGCUGAAGUCUUGGAGGGGACAUAAGAAUUGAAAUGGCUAAAAAUUACCUUUACAAAACUUUCUCUUCUGGUAGAAUUUGGGGGGGGGGGGGGGGCGCGGGCGGGUGACAACUGUUUCCUUGAGGUUUCCAGUUUCACUUGGUUUUAUUCUUCCAUUCUUGGGCUAGGACUGGACAACCCGUGUCAAGGCCCAGUGCUAUGUCUGUGUGCACAGGAGCGCUAUUUUUCAGUUAUAUUAGCAAGAACAACCAUAAGUAUGUUCACAGGUGGAGUUAGUGUCAUGCUCAACAGAAAAAUGACAUUUUAAUUGCUGCAUUUUAUUUGGAUGUUUUAAAAAAACAAGAUGGUGCUAUGAAGCUUUUGAAUAAACACUUUCUAAAGUGA